AUGAACUAUCAGGUGUUCCCCGACAAGAAUGCUACUGAUGAAGAGUUUGAGACUCCUAGCAAAACCUUCGCCAAAAUCGUCUCGGAAGACAAAGAACGGCAGAUGCAUCUAAAGCAAGAGAAAGUCCCUUUCUUUUUGCAGAAUAAGGAUCGGAAAGUUAUUAAAGCUCACUAUGAGAAGGAGAAAAAGACAGGGCAAGAGAUUUGGCCAGCAAAGCGAGCGAUGCACGGUACAGAAGCGGACUUGAUUAGCAAAGCAGAUGAGGAACUACAUAGUUAUGCUCUGGAUUGGCUUGUGGGCGGAAAAAAGAGCAUCUCGUAG